AUAAGGCAAUGAUGAUAGAAGUUAAUGAAUGAAACAUUAGCUAAAGCACUGGAGGAGGAACAUUACCAUCACCGGCUACCCAUUCCCUGCUGAAGGAUCUGGUUUCACACACCUGUCCCCUCGGCUGUGCAUCUAAACGCUGUGCUGGGUGGCUUCACACCGUUUGUGUGUCUCCUGAUGUUUUUACACGGCAGUUUUUCUUCUCAAGGGAAUGGAUCUUAAAAAUCACAAAACAGGAAAUAGAUGAUUGAUGUUUGAAGAGAUGCCUUUGUCAUGGGCACAGAAAGCGAGGAGUACAAGCCAACGAGGGGAGAUAACGAUGAUUCUUCUCAACAGGAUGCUGCCAGUAUUGCAGAUGUGUCUGUGGAGGUGGCCACAGUGGACCACACUCUUCAAAUGCUCCGCAGGAUGUACAGGAAGACUCGACGGAAACCAAAGGGCCUCCAAAGGCUUUGGAUCCAUCUGCUGAACAUCCCACACCUUGCAAUCAUCAUCGCAGGCGUGGUGUUUGUGGUGGUGGUGGUCAUGUGGUCACUGCUGUGGGUCUUCAUAUUCCGCAGAGAAAGCAACAGUGGAGUGUACUUUGCUGGGAUGUUCCGUGUUGCCGAUGUGGAGUUCAUCCCUGAGUACCGCCAGGCAGAGUCCCAUGAGUUUGUAUCCAUGGCAAACAAUAUCCAGCACGUGGUGAGCAAUGUGUACAAGAUGUCUUCAGUGGCCAGACUCUACAAGCAGGCUGUCAUUUCAGACCUCAGUAACAACAACAAAGGCGGUGUGCUGGUUCAUUUCUGGAUGGUGUUCGUAGUCCCUCAGCUGAAGAGCCCGGCAGUGUGUGAGGAGUGUGUGGGAGCCAUAUUUAGAGACUCAGUCCACACCAGCAUGAAGAACAGGUCCUCUGUAGGCUAUCUGCUGGGUCUCCCAGUUGACAUAGACUCCAUCCUUAUUAAUGCUGUUCAGAGAUCAGAUUAUUCAUCAAAUGGAGCAGGCUCACAGUGUGUCGAUAAGCUGUAUGCCAACCUUCCUGGGUCAAGUGUCCCUUUAAACGUCUUCCCCUCAUGGGGCGGUGUGACCUGCCAUGUAAAACUCACGGCUGUCCCCGGCUCUCUGAUCCGUCUGACCGUCUCCGUGUUCCACAUCGAGCCCAGUGACUGUGUGAAUGACGCUCUGACUGUGUACGAUGCUCUGCUGCCCAUGAGAGGGCGCAUUCUGCACAGGAUGUGUGAGCCGGUGUCCAGCUCAUUCUCCCUGGUGUCUACCUCUAAUGUCAUGCUGCUGUCCUUCAGGAUGACUAACGGCAACAAGAGCUUCAGGGGACACUUUGAGGCCAUUGCUGGGGAAAUUUGUAUGUCUCAUAUUGAGACCCAGUUAAAACCUGAAACCUCAGGGCAGAUCUACAGCCCCUUCUACCCCAGCCUUUUGCCCCCUCAGUGUGCCUGCACCUGGAAGUUUAAGACCCCUAACAGGGAUUUAGGAGUUGCGUUACACUUUGAGAACUAUGUACUGAAACCAAAGAACAUGAAGGCCUGUGACCAGGGCUGGUGGAAGAUCAAUGAUAUCAUUUUCUGUGGCAGCUACGUGGGACAUCAAACCAUGUUUCGGGUCGCUGACCACCGUCCAGAGGUGGAGUUUCGCUGCAGCUCGCGUAACUCUGCUCAGCCUUUUCAGGCGUCUUACAGCAGCUACAAUAUCAGCCAACCCUGUCCAGAGAGCCACUUCCUGUGCUCCACGGGACUGUGUGUGGAGAAGAGCCGACGCUGUGACGGUCUGGACGACUGCCAGGAUGAGAGUGACGAGGUUUUCUGUUCGAGGCCAACGAAGAACUGUGGAGGCGAAAGUCCUCUGCAUCCUUUGUUUGUAUGCAACGGAGAGAAAGACUGCAUCAAUGGAAGAGAUGAGAUCAACUGCACUCAGGAAACAACGUGCUCUGCCAUCAGAUAUCAGUGCGAAAGUGGCUCCUGCAUCCUGAAGAAGAACGCAAAGUGUGAUGGUGUGAAUGACUGUCAGGACCGCAGUGAUGAGGCCGACUGCGCCUGUGGUCGCCCCUUUGUGGUUACGAAGGUGGGUUCAUCUGCAGGAGCAGAGCGUAUUGUGGGCGGAGAUAACUCUAUGGAGGGGGAGUGGCCUUGGCAGGUCAGCCUCCACUUCUCUGGUAACCUGUACUGUGGUGCUUCUGUCCUCUCCUCUGAUUGGCUCAUAUCAGCAGCACACUGCUUCCGCAAGCAACGACUGUCUGACCCGCGUUACUGGAGUGCCCACCUUGGCAUGCUGACACAGAACAGUGCCAAACAUGUGGCGGAGAUCCAGCGGAUUGUGGUGCAUGAGUAUUACAACGCGUACACGUUUGACUACGACAUCGCUCUGCUGCAGCUGAAGAAGCCCUGGCCUGCAUCCCUCAACCCGCUGGUGCAGCCUGUGUGCUUGCCUCCCCCGUCCCACACUGUCACCCACAGCCACCGCUGCUGGGUCACCGGAUGGGGAUACCGCUCUGAGGAGGACAAAGUGCUGCCAUCAGUGCUGCAGAAAGCUGAGGUGUCCAUAAUGAGUCAGACUGAGUGUAAGAAAAGCUACGGACCCGUCUCAUCCCGCAUGCUGUGUGCUGGGGUAUCCUCUGGAGAGCGGGACGCCUGCAGGGGUGAUUCAGGGGGCCCGCUGACCUGUCAGGCACCAGGCGGAGGUCGCUGGUUCCUCAUGGGCAUUGUCAGCUGGGGGGCGGGCUGUGGCCGACCAAACCUGCCAGGGGUCUACACCAGGGUUAACAAGUUCACCUCAUGGAUCUACAGCCAUAUCAGCUGACACACUAUCUGAUUCAUCCACCGCCAGCAGAAUUUUGAAAUAUUUGUCUCUCACGUCAGAUAAUAAAAGGCAUAAUCAUUAA